GACCAGGGCUCCGGCACCGUCUUCCGCAGGGACAGCUCCAGUGACCAGGCACUGCUGGCCGAGUACCGCGGCAGGGUCAGCGUCCCCAAGGACGCCCCGGGGAACGUGUCUCUGCACAUCCUGAGCCUGGAGAUCUCUGACAGGGGAACCUAUGCGUGCCAGGUCACCUGGAGAGCCAGCAACAGCAGCCUGAUGGCCAGAGAGAUCGCCAUGAGAGUGGAGGUCAUCAAAGUCCCAGCGACCAAGCCCGUCAUCAGGGCCGGCGAGCUGGGGCUGAUGGUGCCAGCUGGGGCCAGGACCAGCCUGACCUGCGUGUCCAGCGGGUCCCCCCCCAUCACCUACCGCUGGUUCCGCAGCACCCCGGGGGGGCCAGCCCUGCUCGUGGGCAGCCAGGCCGAGCUGGCGUGGGACAGCACGCAGCCCCCCGACAGCGGGGAAUACUUCUGCGAGGCCGAGAACAGGGCUGGGGCUGGGGCCGUGCAGCGCAGUGACGCCGUGCAGCUGACGGUGACAG